AAAUUCUGAGGGUUUGUUAUUUCCCAUAACUAACUGAAUCUUUGCGCCAAAACUCAAACAAGUAUAUAUAUAUAUAUACUCCAAAGGAUAUAAACAGAGAAAAGAAGUACCAAGUAAGAGAGGAAUCCACAGGAGAGAGAAACAAGAAACAAGAAAGAAGAAAAUGAAGAGAGGAAGAGAAGAUGAACAAGGUAGCGAUGGUGAAGAAGUUAAUCCAGUAAUUCGCAGUCCACUUGAUCAAUCGAUAAGGCGCAGGUCCUCCUGGAAACGCGCACCUCCUUCUUGGCGACAACUAAAUGUAUGUGGUGGUCCGAGUUCUUAUGGAUACUGUAUUCGGGAUUCGGAUGGCAAGUUGGAUAUGUGUGGUGUUAAGUGGGUGGAGCCUUCGCAGGCGGUGUUGGGGUUAAGUGAUGAAUACAGGGAAGCAGAGGCCUUAUACUAUGGGUUACAGAAAGCCUUGGAUUUUGGUUACAAAAAGUUGGUUGCUGAAUGUCCAUGUUAUUCACUUGUUAAAAAGAUAAAAGUUGCGAUGAUACAAGACCUGGAAAGUGAACAAGUUGUUACUAACAUUCUUGAGUUACGCAACCAGUUCGAUUCUUUUAUCUUCGCUUUUGUGAAACCCGAUGGAAAUUCUGUAGCUUAUGAAAUGUCAAAGCUUACUGUUGAUGGAUGGAAAACUGGACACUUUCCUGAAGUUGCCUCUCACGCUGCUUCUUGGGAUGUAAGGUGUUCCCUUGACAAUCAAAGGGAGAGUCAAGAAAAAGUGACCACCAAAUUAGAAUUACCAGCACCGUCAAUGUCAUCAGGAACUCAAGAAGCUUCUUCUCCAGAUGAAAACAUCGCUGAGAGCCAGAAUAAUCCAGGAGCAGCUUCAAUAGCAUGGCAUGACUCGGACACCAUUCCAUAAAUAACAUGCUUAUUCCAUGUAUACAUGCAUUCUAGUUUUAAUGUCAUACUGCAACUACAACAUUCAACUAGAUCUGUGUAUUGUUUGACAGCCAAGUUCAUGCAUCUGCUUCAGCCUUCAGAGGAGUAGUAAUGUAGAUAAAUGCAGAGUAAUUAGCAUCAGUAGUUACUAGCUAGUAUGACUAUUACGUUACCAGUAUACUUCGUGACAGAAAUAGGAAAUUACACUCAGAUCAUAAGUUCUAGCUAGCUCAUUCUAGUUGUUGGUUUGUUAGAACUUAGAACAAUAAAAGUAGCUGUGCAAUGUUUCUACAUGCACUUUGGUUUUGUAUUUGUCGGUCUAUCAGACUAUGCUAUAUGGUUCUUCUAAUUGCAGGAUCAAAUUUAAGUCCGACUUUUACG